AUGGAGACGAGCCACGGCCGAACGAUGCGCUCGUUGGCUGUACUGAUGUUCGUGUUGGCAUCGGCCACGUGCCAGCAGACCAUGUCGUUUCCAGACAGCGAGGGCAAAAGCGGCGCCGGAGUCGCGGACAACGGGACGGAAUCGGGCGCCGGCCCGGGGAACAGGAGCGGCAAGAACCUGUUCAACUGGUUGGGUAGUUUCUCGGACGAGGGUGCUGACCCGUACUUGUCGUCGGCCAACGGUGCGUGUCUGCAGGGCGACAUGGCCGAGUGUUUCAAGGCCCGCGCCCUGUCCGGCCUGGGCGACUUCUUCGUCCGGGACGCGUACCGGCUGAACGAGAACGUGCGAGUGGUACGCCUGCGGGACGAAGACGACGACGGCGGCCGUCACGCGUCCAGGGCGUUCGAGUUCUCGUCGGAACAGCGGCCCGAGGACACCGAGUGGGACAGGCUGGUGAAGUUCGCCACCCGCAAGGCCGAGAGGUUCCUGCGAUCGGCCGCCGUCGAGGUGCACGUGCCCGACGAGCUGACGGAGGGCGGCCGGUACUCGCCCAGGUUCAUCGACGAGAUAUCCUCCGAGCUGGACACGCUAGAGGACAAGAAGGCCAGCGUCAUAACUAAAAAGAAAGUGAAGAAGCUACUGAUCCCCCUGCUGAUCGUACUUAAGCUGUUCAAAUUGAAACUCCUGCUUUUCCUGCCGCUCAUCCUGGGUCUGGCGUCGUUCAAGAAGGUGCUUGGCUUCCUGGCACUGGUCGUUCCCGGUCUCAUCGGGUUCUUCAAACUGUGCAAGCCUGACCUUCAGCACAACUACGGCACGUUUGGGCACAGCAGCUACUAUCACAGGCCGUCCAACGGCGGUGGACCUCUACCCCAGUCCGGACCCGUGUACUCGCCGUACCGCGAACACCAGGAACCUCAGUACCACCGUGAACACUUGGAACAACCACAGUACCACCGUGAACAUCCGGUAGAUCCGCAACAGUACCUGUACGAGUCAGCCGACGCGCAGCCGUACAACAGCCGGCCAGCCCGGAACCAGCAGGACGCCAAGGUACCGUCUUCCGGUUCAGUCGCGUUUAAGGAAGAGGCCAACGACAUGGCGUACAACGGUUACAACAGGCAGCAGCGGCGAUAA